AUGGCCUCGAGUGGCGACGAAGAUCAGGUGGCUCCUGGAGAUCCGGUGACGGUUUCCACACGCAUGAUUGAUGCCGGAACGACGACCAUGCAGAGGAGAUUACCAGUGAAGCAAAUGAACUGUCAUGUUUCGACGUUUGCUAUUUACGGUGGAGAUAUGUCCCGGCAAAUAGAGACUCACCACUAUGUCCAUCGAGUCAACGAUGAGUUCCUCCAGUGCGCAGUUUACGCCUCUGACCGUUCUGAUGCACCUCUCAUCGGAAUUGAAUAUGUCAUAUCAGACCGGUUAUAUGAAAAUCUGCCUCAAGAUGAGCAAAAGCUUUGGCACUCACAUGCUUACGAGGUAAAGUCAGGUUCGUGGGCUUAUCCACGAUUGCCUGAAGUUGUGGCUACUCCAGAGCUCAAGAACAUAGCCAAAACAUACGGGAAAUUUUGGUGCACCUGGCAGAUAGACCGAGGUGACAAGUUACCAAUGGGUGCACCCGAACUGAUGAUGUCACCACAGGGGGUGGAGCAAGGGGUAUUAAGGCCGGAGUUGGUUAAGAUCAGAGAUGAGAAGUAUAACAUAUCGACCGACGAAUUGAAGCAUAAGAGAGCGGAGAUAGCUGAACCGGAGUGGAUCAAUCCGAUGGCAGAUUACUGGAAGCAACAUGGUAAGUGUUUCGUAAUCGAUAUUGUGACUGUCGAUAUGAACCGUAAUGAGCAAUUCCCUUGA